CGUGAGAGCUAUGGGGGUGGGGACUGAACUGGACUGCUACCGUUCACAGUUCAAAAGAGAGAUCCAACCACGGCACGUCCCCAUCCAGUUUAAGAGGGACACACCAUUAGACCGCUAGAUUACCAGACCAGAGCGUGUGUGACAGCAUCAGAGAGUGUUACAGGUCCCCUGAGGAUAGUAGGUGGACCGGACGGACGUUGGGCAGCAGACUGAGGAGGAGCUCUAGAAGCGCUGUCUGUUUAACCAGUGGAACACUAUCUUAGGCUGACAGAAGAGGACUAUAGUAUCUUGGGAGUCCGACUGUUUCUGAGAGACUCUGUCUACCUGGAGCCUGUGUUCUCUGUAGCUGCGUCAGUCAGAAGGACAUAACUGAACUACUCUUCCUAUUGAAACCUACAUCACAGUCCAUCCUUCGUUUUAGUCAGGGUUGGUCGGCAUCUUGAACCCUAACCCUCAUGGAGAAGUUCCAGGCUGGUAUGGUCCUAGCGGGGGUGGGGGACGCCCUGGGCUACCGUAAGGGCCGGUGGGAGAGCUGCCCCUCUGGGCCACAGAUCCAGGAAGAGCUGGCCUCUCUGGGAGGCCUGGGGGCUCUGAAACUGGACCCAGACAACUGGCCCCUCAGCGACGGAGCCCUGAUGCACAUGACCACCGCUGAGGCCCUCAUCACAGACUACUGGUGUUUGGAGGACCUCUACAGGGAGCUGGUCAGGGUGUAUGUUGAGGCCAUGGCGUCUCUCCAGGGUCGCCCUCCUGACCCAGCCACCGUGGAGGGAUGUGCUCACCUCAAACCCAACAACUUCCUGCUGGCCUGGCACACACCCUUCAAUGAGAAAGGUUCUGGGUAUGGAGCUGCCACCAAGGCCAUGUGUGUGGGGAUGAAGUACUGGCAGCCUGAGAGGCUGGACAACCUAGUGGAGGUCAGCAUUGAGACGGGACGCAUGACCCACAACCACCCCACAGGUUUCCUGGGCUCUCUGACCACGGCUCUGUUUGCGUCGUACGCGGUGCAGGGCAAACCGCUGGUGACCUGGGGUCGCGACCUCAUGAAGGUCAUCCCCAAAGCCGAGGAGUACUGUAAGAAGACCAUACGCCACAUGGCAGAGUACCAGGAGAAGUGGUUCUACUUCGAGGCUAAGUGGCAGUUCUACCUGGAGGAGAGAGAACUGGAGCAGGAGGGGCAGAACAAGCCACUGUUCCCUGACACCUACAACGCCGAGGAGACAGACAAGGUGUAUAGGCGCUGGAGCUCAGAGGGCCGUGCUGGACGGAGGGGCCAUGACGCUCCCAUGAUAGCCUACGAUGCUCUCCUGGCCUCAGGCUCCGACUGGACCCAGCUCUGCCGCCGCGCCAUGUUCCACGGAGGGGAGAGCAGUGCCACAGGGCUGAUAGCAGGCUGUCUGUACGGUCUCCUGUUCGGCCUGUCCCAGGUCCCUGAAGGGCUGCACCAGGAUGUGGACCGACGCACUCGGCUGGAGGAGCUCGGAGCCGAGCUGUACAGGGCAGCCUCUGCAGAGAGGAGCACAGAGAAAGCAGAGAGAGCAGCGAAUGCAGGGCCAUCAGGCCUCACUGUGGACACCAGCGCCCUGAGGAGGCUGGUUUGGGACCGGACGACCCGCCCGGAGCUCAGAGGGGUUCUGGAGAGCCUGCUCCACUACCUUACCCAGGACCUGCCCAGCCGGAGUCCCACCGCGAGGCCUCCUGAGAGGUUAGGGCUGGAGGUCCGAGUGGGGGUGGAGGUGCCCCAGUUCAGCAGGUAUGGAGGUCGACCAGCAGGGGGCGAAGUCUCAAGGCGCCUCACCUCCUUCCAGCUCCUCCAGGCCAAGUUCCUGAGGAACACCCCCAAACCUCCGCUCACUCACCGCCGGGAGGUGGGGGCCCUGGCACUGUCCUCCAGAGGGGGAGGCUGUGGGAGCCACAGCCAGGGCAGAGAGCCCCCUAGUGGACAGGUUGAGGGCUGCAUUCCCAAAACAGGAUGUGGAGUGGGAAAGGGGAACACUGUUAAGGAUGUGCUGGCCAGGUUUGCCGUGGCAGCGCAGAAGGAGAGGGGAGGGGCCACACAGGGGGGAGGAGUGUUGAAAAGGCCCCGACUGAUCGGCAAGGGGCAGCUGCUGUCUGCCAUAAUGGACAAGUUUGAAACCAUGGCGACGGUGCAACGGGGAAGUGACGUGAGUUGCCUGAAGAAAAGCUCACCUGGUAAAGUCAAAGUGACCGGUGGUCAUGUGAAAGAAUUAGUGAGUCGUCAGGAAGAAGGGGGACAACAGUGCUUAGCUCAACCAGGUCAACCCGUCAAAGGUCAGAGUUCAAUGAAGCAGCAGGUUAAGAGUAAAGGCUGGGGGCAGCAGAGGAAAGAGAACCCCUCUGGAGUGCAGGGAGGAGAUAGAGGAUCAGAGAAGACAGUAGCUGGUCUGAAGGAUUCACCUCAACACAGAAAAGAGUGGAACGGGAAUCAGAAGGUGAAAGCUCAGUCUAUAGUCAAUAAGCAGGCAAGGGGUCCGGGUUCAGAUCAAGAAGCUGAAGGUCAGAUUCAAGAUUCAAUUAAGGAGGUAGAAGUUUGGGGCGCUGAUCAACAGGUAAAGACUCUGGGUAUGAAACAACAGGUAGAGAUUCAGGGUACAAACCAAGAACAGAUUGUUAGCUCAGGUCAAACACUAGAAGGCCAUGGUUCAGAGCUGGACAAGGAGCUAACGGUUCAGCAUCAAUACAUUGAAGUUAAGGCUUCAGUGGGUCAGGAAGUAGUGGUACAAGCUUCACAUCAGGAUCCUGAUCAAGACAGUGAAGUUGAAGUUUCAGAUCAGGAGGUCAACGUACAGGUUUCAGGUCAGGAGGUCAAGGCACAGGCUUCAGAUCAGGAAUUAAAGUUACAGGUCUUAGGUCAGGAGCUCAGCUAUGGGCAGGUAGAGCUGCUCUGCUCUGCUGCGGUGGUCCAGUGGUCUCCCCCAGCGCUCCAGGUAGGGAUACCUGAGGUAGAGGCCUUGCUGUCUGGGUACCUGGCAACCCUGCUCCCCUGCCCUCCUGUGUGGGCCCUAGCUUCCUCUGUGGAUCCACCAGCACAGAAAUACUCAGGGUCAGGGUCCAAAACCAGGACCCUGGAAGGCCCACUUCUCUCCUACCCCUGGAGAAAACAGUUCCUGGAUCCACCCCAACCCCGGUCCACCCAGAGAGGCCAGCCCAGAUACCCCAUCCCUAGGAGGGCCCACGGCUCAGAGUCAGAAUCAUCGGAAAUGGGCCAGGCCCAUAACACCAGCCUCUCACCCCCACCUUCUGAAUCUACGACCCCUGAUGUUAUGACCUCUGUCCCCACAACCCCUGAUCUUGACCUUUGCUUCCUGCCAUCAGCGUCCACAACGUCCAACCAGGAGCCCCGCCCACAUGGAGCCAAACAGGAAGUAAAUGUCCCAAUGGCACUGCAAAGUGGGGAAAGGGAGGUGACAUGUCAGGAGGGGGAGGGGCAGGGUAGCACUGUGAUGUCACACAAAGAUGACAUCAUCACUAUACACGGUUCAAGGGUUGCAGACCCAGAAAGACUACAGACAGAAAAGCAGGAGAGACCAAAGUACAGGACGUUAAACUAUGGCGACCCUUCUGCGAAACUGACCUAUAAACCCAAAGUCAUCCGAUUCACAGAUACCUUCAAUUUCUAAGUCACUCAUUCACUCACUCAGACUUCAGUGAUGUGUCAUCUGUGAAAGAUAAAAGCCUUCUGAACUUUCUCUCAUCACAGUGAAACACAAUACAUCUUCAAGGUCAUGCUAGCUAUCCCAUGUCUUGCUGUCUUCUGAAAGCUGUGGCGUUGCAGGAGUAGCAUACGCUCUGCUUCAGGGUGUAGUGAUGCAGAUACAGCAGUCCUGGCAUGGUGUUAUUCAGCAGCUGUGUAAUGCUUUAAGUAGGGUUGUGUGUGUGUGUGUGUGUGUGUGUGUGUGUGUGUGUGUGUGCGCGUGCACGUGCGUGUGUCGUCCGUACUGUAACAGUGGAAAGACAAACAGAACAGGGGUGUGUAACUGUGACUAAGCUAGGCCUAAGCUUUAAAAUGGCAUUUUCAUGGAAAACAUUGUGAAGCAAUAAUAUCAGGAUUUAAACUGUAACUAUGACAACCAAGUCAAACAAACCUCUGCUCUUUAUCAGAUUAAAGAAACUCAAUCA